CUUCUCGGUUGCUUUUGUUCUCCCGCGCGCCAUGGAGGACGAGCAGGACUGGAACGACGUUUUGCGCGACCACCCAAUCUUUGGGCUGCCGAAGGGCAUCAAUGGACCUGGGGGAAACUCUGAGACGAGCUUGCAGCUCUCGACGAACACGCUGCAGCAGUUUAAGAAUGUCGACUCGAGGGACGACAGUGCGGUCCCUAGCGGACGACGGCAGACUAUGGUCCUCAAGGGUGCGGACUUGAUCGUCGCUGCAGGACAGGAGAUACGCAUGACGACACUGGGAGAGACGCAUCUGAACCAGAGUGAGGGGAAGAAGCUCUUCAAGACCCUUCACUGCCCAAAUGUGCAGUUCAACAUCCACCAAAUUGCGUUGAACCCUAGCGGAAAGCUACUCGCCGUGGCUGGCGCGUUCCAGGUCGCUGUCAUUGUACUCCCUCGAUCUGGAUUCAUGCGGCUGGUACCAAACGUCAUUGACUGCAAGUCUGUACAAGUUGGCCAGUAUUACCACGCCUCAAAGUCCGCGGCGCCUAUAGCCAAGGUGGACUGGCAUCCAUGGGGAGAAGCAGGCUCAACCCUCAUGGUCAUGACAGUCGACGGGAAGAUGAGAGAGUAUGAUGUAUCCGUCGAUCCAGAGGAGCCCUUACAAGUCCUAUCGUUCGUUCCGGAAAAGAAACGACGCAUGUCCUAUCUGGCCGAGGAUCCAGCUGAACGCGAAGUCGCGUCCUUCACCAUAGGCAAAGGAAAUGCUGACUGGGGUCCCCUCACCAUAUACGCCCUCAUGAAGUCUGGUGAUGUCUACGCGGUAUGCCCGUAUAUGCCACAAAAUGCUUCGAUACCGUCCUCCUACGUGCACUCUCUAGAAUGCUUCAUCUCGGCCAAGCAAGAAUUCCUGUCGCAAGGGACAUCUGAGGCGACGCAGAAAAUGACGACGCUAUACGACUACCAGCGCAAAUAUGUCAGCUCCCUCGUCAAGCAGCUACCUCCUGGCACCAUGUUUCCCUCCGUCUCGCGUCGCGUACCUAUACACCCACCGACAACCCUGAAGUCAAAACCGAAGCGACAAGGGCCGUUCUUGUUGCAACCUUCUCCGCGAAAUCUUGACGGCUCCGAUGGAGGAGAUGCGACGGAUAUCAUUUACCUAGCUUUUGGGGGUGAUUUCCUUGCGGAUGACGAUGAUGACGACGGUAGCGCGACCGAGCGUUUGGGCGCCAUUCUCGUCGCUUACCAGGACGGCCGCAUUGACACUUGCCUGGACGUCGAGAAAGUGGAGGCAAGAUGGGAGACCAAACCUAACUCGGAAGAGUAUCCCAUGCUUGCUGUAUACGAGACUAUCGACCUCGACUUCGUCGGCGCGUUGAACAGCCUGACCGGAAACACCCUUGACCUUCUUCAAGGAAACUUCCCUGUGUUCAUGGCUGAUCCCAUCCAUGAAGCUACGAUCUACGUCUAUCACGCCUUUGGCGCACAUCGCAUAGACCUGGCACCGCUGUUUGGUGCGCUCGCAGCUGCUUUGCGAGGCGAUGACGAGGGCGACGCGCAAUUGUCAUCUGCCGUCCGCCGCUCUUCAGGUGCCGAUGUGCAGCCAUUGCUGACGACCUUCUCGGUAGAGCGAAAAUGCUCGAAUCCAGUCAUUGGUGUCGCCAUCCCCAACGACAUCUACCUUACUUACAGCAUCUUCAUCCUUACCUCCGCCAUGCGCAUCACGACUUUCAGACUAGGAAUAUCAACUCCCAGUCCUCAGCCUACGCCUCGCGCAACACCAGCAGCCCUCCCUCCACCCGAGACCCCCUCGACAUCAUCAGCACUCCAAGUGCAACCUCCUGACCCUUGGCUCCAACCACCCAGCGAGAACCCACCCUACGUCUCGCUACUCGAAGCCAGCCCCUACCAUCCCCCACCCAUCCUCCGCUCCUCCGGCAUCCCCUCCCAACCCCGCCUAUCCCUCCCCGAGGGCGCCGACAAGCAGAAAGACUUCCUCCUCACCCCCGACACCCUCCGCUACCUCGCCUCCAAGGCCUCCGCCAUCUCUGGGCAGAUCCGCGACGCGACGCUCGCGUACAAGACCGCCCUCGCGCGCACGCUGCUGCAGCGGCAGGAGCUCGCGCGGCAGUGCGCGAAGGCGCGCGAGAUGCAGCAGCUGGUGGAGAAGAUGCGGAAUGGCGGCCGCGAGGCGCGGUGGGUGCGCGCGAAGGAGGAGCAGAAGGCGCUGUUGGCGCGCAUGGAUCGGGUGCUGGGGGCGCUGGUGCGGAAGGCGAGCCCGGAGCUGAGUGAGCAUGAGACGAGGUGGUUUGAGGAGCUGAAGCGGAUGAGGGACGAGAUUGCGGGGGUGGGGAAGUAUGAUGAGGGGUCGUUGGCGGUGAGGGCGAAGAUGCUCGAGUCCGAGUACGCACGCUUGAUGCCUAGCUUCAAGGCAUUUGCGGAGCAGGAGAGGAAGCGACGUCAAAUAGUGUCUGAGAGCUCGCAAACCCUUGGGCAGGCACAAGCAUUUGCGCUGGGCGAGCGCAACCAGAUUGAACGCACGCGCAUCAACAAACUGGUCAAGGAUGUAACGCGCCUAGCUUCUCAAUUGGAUCUCAACGUAGGGAAGCCGCCCUCGAUAUCAUAGUUCCUCGCGAAGCGCCCUCGACACCGUAGCUCCCCAGCUCGAUAUCGUACUUCCUCAUCUCGCCAC